ACAAUUUAGACUCUUGGCCACUAGGUGGCGAUAUUGAGCACCAUGUACCUCGGUUUAGUGAAGAGGAAGAAACUAUAAUCUGCACUUUUUUUGCCUCUUCCCCCGUAAAUGAUCUGCUGCUUCCCUGAAAGCAUUAUGAAGAGAUAAAUGGACCCACGGGGGGUGACCGGUGAUGGAUUCUGACGUCUCAUUGUUGCUGCACUGCGCUGCCUGGAGGGGGCUUCUGAAGUCUCAGGUACAUGUGGAGCUCUCAGACAGGUAUAACAGGCAGACAGAUCCGACCCUCGAGCGUCAAAUAGAGGAGGUGUGGACUGAGCGGGUGUCCAAGGAGCCGUGGCUUUUCAAUGGCUCCAAAUUCAGACUACACUCUUUCUGCUUGGCCUCUCCAUCCUCUGUGCCUCACCCACCUUGCACUGAUUCACCUGCCAUCCCAGAGUCAGACGGUUCAAGUGACCAGGAGGGGAAAUCUCAAAACAGCAGACAAAGAGCUAAAGAGGAUGUGAGAAGCAGAGAUUCUCUUUCUGAGGCUGCUGAGAGCAAUUUGGACAAAAGAAAUGAAAUCACACCGGCAGCUAUUGUGUCAACACAAAGUACAGCAGAUUCAGGCCCACUCCUCACUCUCAGACUGGGCCUAACGUGCUACAAGGACUACCUGGGGACGAACUGGUCCUGUCGACAGGCAGAGCUGCGCCAGCUUGGAGAGGCAGAGUUCAGUGAUCCUCUGGCGCUGCUGGCUCAGCCUCUGGGCGUGGGUGGAGUCUUGUGUACAGGUGACGGACAGGUGGUGCUGAUCAGAAGGAGUCAGAGAGUGGCGGAGGCGGGGGGGCUCCUCGACAUCCCAGGAGGUCACCCAGAGCCAAAGGUGGUGUGUGAGAGGCUGGGCCUGGCGCUGCAGGAAGAGCAGAUCAGUGUCAACAUGAUGCAGCCGAGCACAGUCGUCUCAGAGCUCUUUUCAUCCGUCUGCGCUGAAAUCAGAGAUGAGGUCAACGUUCCUCUGAGCGUCCUCGGAGAACCCGUCUUGAUGGGCGUCGCUCUGAAUCACAUCAGUGCCGGCAGACCUUCAGCUGAGUUCUACGUCAGUUGCUCAUUGUCUUCAGAUGAAGUCAGAGCAUUGUACUGGAAAGGAGGAGCAGAGGCCAACGAGUCUACAGAAAUCAUCUUCCUCAGCAGAAAGGAUGUGUUGCAGUUGGACAUACACAGCCCUCUGUGGUCAGAGCUGUGUCCCUCAGCUAAAGGAGCCGUGCUGCUUUAUCAGACAGUGAAGCCUGAUGGAGAGUGACAAAGAAGCGAGAGCACAACACAUCAGGGAAAAUAC